GUUUAAAAAUGUUUAAAAUAAUAGAUUGAAAUUAUAAUUAGUAAUUAAAAUAUCAGUAAUAUAUUGUAUCAACCAAACAAUGGAAUCUGAACCAGAAAACGAAGUCGUGGUAAAGCAGCCUGAAUUGCCGAAAUUAGUACGAAAAAAACCUAGAGGACUAUUAAGACAAGAAAAAUUGAAGGAACUAAAAAAUAAAAAAAAAGUUCAAAAAAGAGAUAGAAAACUUAGAAAAGAUAAUGGUGACCCAAAACAAAUACCUCGGACAAUUGAAAAUACAAGGGAACCGGAUUCAACAGUUUUCCAUUCUGACGAUGAAAAUUUUGAUCAAAAAACACAAGAUCUAACUGCUGAAUUUGAACAUGAUGAAUUCGCUGAUUAUUAUUCUGACCUUUAUAAACCUAAAGUAUUAAUUACAUACAAGGAAAAACCACUGCGGAAGGUUAGAGAAUUUGGUAAAAUUUUAACUGAAAUUAUACCCAAUUCUGUAAGAAUUUUUCGUCGUGACGCAUCCGUAAAAGAGACAAUACAAGCUGCCAUUAAAAAAGGAUUUACAGAUUUGAUAGUAUUAAAUGAAGAUCGUGGGGAACCCAACGGUUUAAUUCUAAUUCAUAUGCCAGAAGGUCCAACAGCAUAUUUCCGUUUAAGUAAUGUUAUAUUUCCAAACAAAAGACAACGUAAAGAAUUUACUGACCAUAGACCAGAAGUAAUAACUACAAAUUUUACAACUGGAUUAGGUAAAACUGUUGCGCGUAUGUUAGGUGCAGUUUUUCAUCAGCAAGCAGAGUUUAAAGGCAGACAUGUUGUAACAAUGCAUAAUCAGAGAGAUUACAUAUUCUUUCGCCAUCAUAGAUAUAAAUUUUUGAAAAAUAAACCAUCGCUCAGAGAAUUAGGACCUAAAUUUACUUUACGAUUGCAAUAUCUCCAAGAAGGAUUAUAUGAUCCAAAAUGUGGAGAAUACAGAUGGAUAAUGACAGAUAAAAGACAUAAAAUUGAAACCAGCCGUAGAAGAUUUUUUUUGUGAUAUGUUUCAUUAUUUAAAUAAAAACAUAACAAAUUUUAUUAAUA